AUGUUUGUGGGACCAGUAGAAGUCAAUUGCUCUAAAGAAAAUCGAAGUGAUAUAUUUCUAAAUUUCUAUGGACCAGAUACCAAUGAAUCCUGUUUUAAAAAGAGCGAAAGUGAUUCGUGUUAUGAUAAAAAUAUAAGUAAUGUUACAGUGUUAGAUACCAAUUUGAGUGAUGUGGAAAGUGAAGUUAAUUUUUUACAUCUGUGGAAUAGUUUUCCCAAAAUUUUAGUGCCUUCUAAUAGUGAUGAUCCAGUAUGCAGAAGGGAUAGUGUUGAGUUUUUGAAAGGAUUGAAUAGGACAGAAUUGUGGGCGUUAAAAAUGUUCGAUUCAUCUGCUAAAUUGCCUUCUGGAAUUUUAAGAGGAAAUAUCAAACAAUUCGGAGAUUUCGACCAAUGUAUAGGAAUAGCAUCAACAAUAAGAAAAGAUGAAUCAUUUAUUAGAGAAAAUAUGCUUAGCAGAUCACCUAUGAUAUUUCCACGGUUUACGACAAUAGACUGGGCAGUGUGCAUGCCAUCAUCUUGUUCUGCCAAAGAUUUAGAAAAUGAAUUGAAGAAAAUUUUCAAAGGAUUUGCUACCAAUAUUAGAGUCCAAGAACAACAGUGUUCUACAGAAAUCCAACCAAAUCAGGGAGAAAUGACACCUGGAAGAAUAUUUGCAUAUUGCUUUUUUGGCAGUAUAAUGUUGAUGACAAUCUUGAGUACUUUGAUUGAUGGUGACUAUUUGGAGGAAGAAGAACACAGUACUUUUAGAAGACUACUAUUAGCAUUUUCAUUACAAAGAAAUAUAAACAAAGUAUUCAAACCCACUGAAUCCAAAAAUGCCGUAAAAGCUGUAAAUGGUUUAAGAUGUUUCAAUACCAUUUGUCUCAUAUUCAUUCACAAAGCAAUAGCUCUUUUGCAUCAACCUUACUCAAAUCGAACAGGAAUGGCAGAAUCGUUAGGAAGACCAUGGACCGUUAUUGGAAGAACAGGGAUGUACCAUACUGAUUCCUUUUUGUUGAUCAGUGGUUUACUAAAUGCUCAUGCUCUCACAGGAGAUUUGAUCAACAAGGGAAAAAUUCCUAUAGCCAACAGAGUUAUAUCAAGAUUAUUUAGGAUUAUUCCAAAUUUACUUGCCAUUAUGCUGUUUUGUACGUAUAUUAUGCCAAAUUUAGAUUCUGGACCACAGUGGAAUUUGUUGAUUAGGCAGCAUGCUGAACUUUGCAAAGAUAAUAUGUGGAAAAACUUGCUUUUUAUACAAAAUUAUAUGGGAUUCAAUAAUAUAUGUCUGGCCCAUACACAUCAGUUAGGUACAGAUAUGCAAUUAUUUUUGGCAACACCUCCACUGAUUUGGGCAGUAUGGAAAUGGCCAAAGAGGGCGCUUUUGAUAACAUGUAUGAUCGCAGUUUUAUCUACUGUUUUACGCUAUGUGGUGACGUUGCAAAAUCGUUUGGCACCUAUGACGUACUUUGGUAUGCCGAAUUCAAAGUUCUCCGAGACCUCAGAUUUAUCAUACACACUGCCUGAUCAUCGUGCAACUCCAUAUCUGGCUGGAGUUGUCCUUGGAUACCUAAUCAGGCGUGGAUACAAUCGACUUAACAUCACAAAGACUCAAAUUAAAUAUUGCUGGUUCAUAGCAGUGGUGGUAAUGUUGAUACCGAUGAUAGGGCCUUAUCAAAUAGCAGAUCAACACUACGCCUAUUCGGCCCAAGAUGCAGCCCUGUACAGCGCUUUUGCUCCACUGACUUUCGGGGCUUUUAUUGCCUGGACAAUUUCAGCAACAAACUGUGGAAGAGCAGAUAAAUUGUUAAUGCUCAAUGCAAAAGUUCAGUUGGUUUGGAAGAUUUUGGAUUGGAGGGGAUUUAAAAUAUUAACAAAUUUAUCCUAUGGCAUUUAUCUCACACAAUUCCCAGUAUUUUUCUAUAAUAUUGGUCGAAUCCGAACUCCAGAACAUUUCACUGUGGGAGCCCUAAUAAAUAUCACAGAGUUAUUAGGAAUUGUAGCAGCAUCAACGAUAAUGGCUGUUUUAGUAGAAUAUCCAUUCUUAGAAAUUAGGAAAAUAUUAUUCGAAAACGUUACAAGAAGAAAACCAAAUCAUACUUUAGUAAAUAUAAUUCAGAACUCCAAAUUCUCCGAAACAUCAGAUCUAUCAUAUAUGCUUUCCAGUCAUAGAUCUACGCCUUAUCUCAUGGAAGUUAUCCUUGGUUUCUUCAUAAAACGUGGAUACACAAUCAAUAUGACAAAGAUUGUUGUUUACUUAAUGCACAUUGAAAGAAAUACCCACUUAAUGUAA